CAAUCGACACCUUGCCCGUGUGAGCUUGUUUAUUCCCCCACCAUCACCGCCAUAGCCUUGCCUUUCAAUGUGGCAUACCGCGCAACCUCGACUGUGACCCAACUGUGAACCACUGCCAUUUACAGCAUAGACACAGCUUCUAGAUCUUCGCAAGUUCAGUUCAUCAUCAUGGGUAGCAUCUCGUUCCGCGAGCAUAUUCGCUGGAUCCCCGAUGAAGCGAGCGAGCCGACAUCGACCAUAGUGCUCACGUCCCCGCAGCGCCGUUUCGUGGACCUCCGCAUUCUGAAGCAAACGCCAACCGUCGAUGGCGUACAAGAUACGCACGGCAUCGAGCGCCUGGAAUGGGGCAUCGCCGGAACCUCCUCGUCGUCCACCCGCACCGACGAUCAGGGCGCCGAGGUGCGCCACUCGCGCUGGGAGCACUGGAUCGAUUCGCGCACGACGGAUCCCGAGAACGCGGCCGACGAGGGCGACAUGUACGAGCAGCCCGACGGGCUGACGCUCGAAAAGGGCCGGAUGGUGAACCCCGCCACCGGCACGGAGACGGACUACGAAGAGCUGUGGAGGGACGUUGAGCCCGUUACGGUUCCUCCGGUCGGUGCCGCGGCCGAGGGCGAGGCUCAGAAGGGUGUCGAGUGUGUUGUUCUCAAGCACGAGGACGAGACGAGCGGGGCGCGGGGUAUGGUUGUCUGGCUGGGGCGGUUCUGUCAGGGUAUUUCGAGGGUCGGAGAGGAGGUUGCGGCGGAGAGGUGGGAGUGGAGGGAGGGGGAGGGGUGGAGGCGGGUUGUGAGGAUUGGGAAUCGGGCUUUGCCUUGUGAGGUGUUGUUGAUGACAGGUGCGGCGUUGAGUGUUGGGACGCAUGUUGUUCAUGAGGAGGUUGUUUGGGAUGUGCUUGAGAGUCGGUGAUUGUGUGGCCUAUCAUGAUCUGAAUAGUGUAAUGAGCUUCGAGGUGUCUGGGUUGCCAUUCUGGUCGAGUCUGGACGGAUCCUAUAGAGCCGCGGUCGGGUAGGCAUUUGAAGACGAUGCUCUAGAGAUUGCGCGUCGAAAUUCAUAACUUGAUCCUACAUUUUCGG